AUGUUGAUUUUGAAAGGAAGUUGUGGAUAUAGUGAAGAGGAUGUGAGUUCAGUAUCAUUAAACAUUGGCUCCUGCAAGACAAAGGAGGAAUUUGGCCAAAAUGAUGAACUGAUGCAGUCGUCACUCACCUCUCUAACUGCAGAACAAGAAGAGUUUUCUGGAAGGGAAGUUAAUUCGGGUGACUGUUCUGACAAUAUUGCCGUGGAGGUCAGACCCACCGUCUCUAACUGUGCUCUGGGAUUGCUAACUGGAACUGAGUACAGGCUGCCGCUGGGCCAAGGUGCUCGACACACAGAGAAAAUAGUUGGAUUGCCAAGUGUGUCCUUAGCAAGCGCUGAUUUGGGACGAGUGAGUGAACUGGUUAGUAAAGUAGAAGCUGAUCAAGCUGUUACUGCAGACUCUGACUGGAGUAAUACAAGAACAAGGUCUCUUAGUACAACAGUGCCUGAGGUAGUCCCGGAAGAGGCUGUCCCAGAGAAUCCACUGCAAAACCCAAGUAGAACAGCCAUGGAAGAUCACAAGCCAGUGAAGAUGGAAGGUGAAUUGUCUGAAAACAUGAGGGUGUUUCCUGCAAAGCACAGGCGCCACACUUUCUAUCCACGUUCAUACUCUGUCGAAGGCAGGGAUCUGCCCAUUUCUGUGUAUAGAGAAACAGAAACGUCACUUUUGGAUGAUAGCAGAAUGAAGAGAAAGGAAGAUAAUCUCUCCCUACCUUGUGUUGUUGCAUCAUCAGAUAGUCUGUUAAAGCCAAAUCCUCUCCCAACCUCAGCUGCUUCUACUCCAUCAUCAGUCAUGAGCAUACCCCCUCCAUUUCAACUAGCCAGCAUCACCAAAAAGCCCAUCACCAAAAGUUCACCAGCACUCUUGGUAGAAAAUGAAUCCCCUGAUAAAUAUUUAAAGCAAAAUGCAAAGAAAAAGUCAUCCUUUAAGCGUUUUUUACCAAUUAAACUGUCACUCAAGAAGAAAAUUGAGAAUAAGAUUGCAGUUGAGGUAAAUGUAUGCAAGCCAACCUCCGAUAAUGCCAGGGGCCUGGACUUUGACCGGAGAAGUCUGGGUAAUUCUCCACAGAUAAAGGCACGGUCUGGAAAGAUGUGCAUAUUGGAUUCUUCAUCCACCUUUCUCAUCAACAAGGAUGGCAAGAGAAAAGGAGUGCCGAAACCCUUCAGCAGGAGUGUGUCCAGGGUUGAGUCCUUUGAGGAUAGGUCUCGGCACUCCUACACAUCACUUCCUUUAACCAAACCCAGAUCCAUUUCCUUUCCCAACACAGAUACGUCUGAUUAUGAGAACAUCCCAGCUGUCAGCUCAGACUAUGAAAAUAUACAGAUUCCAUCCAGAAGGAAUGGUCGCUCAGGGACUGUCACCGAAUUCUUUGAAGAUCCCAGCAGAGCUUUCACUUUAGCCUCUGAAAAUGAUGGUUACGUGGACAUGAGCAGCUUUGCUCCAUUUGAGAGCAGGCAGAACAUGGAGCAGGAGCUCGAAAGUGUUGACAGUGAGACUCUGACAGCAUGUUCGCCCAGCGGAGAGGAGAUUGUGACUGAUGAAGAUAUUGGAAACAGUUCAGAGUCUGAGGACAUCGAAAGGGACCUGGCUCAACAGACUGACAUAGGGCUUGAAGCCUAUCACAUUGUAAAAGCAAUGACGACAUCAGAGAGAGCGUACCUGAGUGUCCUGAACUUCCUACACAUAGAAUUCAGAGAAGCAGCCAUGUGUGUUGUUCGGGGUGAAGCUAGCCCUGUGAUGGACCAGGAAGGUGUCACCCGCAUCCUGUGUGAUAUUGCUGAGCUGUACGAGCUCCACCAGGACAUACUGAGGGAGCUGGAGCAGAGCAUCACUGAAUGGGGGCAGACUGGUCCAAGGUUGGCUCAUGUGAUCUUAACACGGGGGCCCAAGCUGAGUGUGUACACCAGGUAUAUUGAGCAGUUUGAAAGCAACAUCGCAAUCCUGGAUCAAUCCUGUAGCAAGUUGCCAGAGUUUUCCACAACACUGCCGGAACUCGAGAUGUAUCCAGGGUCUAACAGGCUGAGCAUCAAGCAGUGUUUUUUUAAGCUGCUACAGCGAGUCCCUCAGUAUCACCUUUACCUGACAGAUUACUUAAAUAAUGUGUGUCCACACUCUGCUGAAUAUGAAGAUGCAAAAGCUGGUUUACUUGUUGUGAAUGAAGUCUGUGAGCUGCUCAGACAGUGUGUGACCCAAGGGGAGAAUCUUCAGAAGCUGCUGGAAGUUGAGCACAGAGUGAAAGGCCUACCCCAAAUCACGCAGCCUGGGAGGGUGCUUGUCAAGGAAGGACCACUGCUGAGGGUGACUGAGGAAACACUGCAGCGUCGUCAUUGUUUCUUGAUGAGUGACAUGUUCCUGUACACUGUGCCCCAGCAAUGUGGGAAAUAUCAACUCAACAAGACACUGCCACUGAUGGGCAUGAAGCUGCUGUGGGAGCACAUCUCCAUCCGGCUGAUCGAGGAGCGUUUGCUAUGUCCGCUGUACCCGACGUCCGCUGGGUACAGUCACCUGCUCCAGGAACAAGAUGCAACUGGGAUUCUGAGCUGCUAUGAGCAGCCUUUUGUGGGUAAUUGGCAAUGUGCCUGCUGCUUUUAUGCUGGUAUCUAG